ACGCACGCACACCGUCCGUGCGUACGGACCACCGCGGGCAGUCUCAAUUUGACGAGAUACGAUAAUUGCGAAAAUUCUUAACCUAAUAAAUAAUUUUCUCUUAAAAAAAACAGUGCAAUCACGUAAAAUCCAAUAGUCAGUGAAAAAUACUUGAUUGAAGAGAAUUUAGCGUGUGGAUUUUGGUCUUGACCACCAAAAACACUUCGAUUGGAUUUCUGAAACGGGAAUGGGAGUAUCAGAUACAUUGAAUUACGUUCUGUUUUCUAAUCCCGUCAGCUCGAGUGCCGGUUCGCUUGUGAAAACUGCUGCAUCACCUUCCCACCAGUGCCGAACAGCUGCAGAGUGGGGAUGACAUGGAGAUGAGGGGAAGGUGAUAGUGACCGCCACGCUGUCUCGUGCUGCCUGAGACAACUUGUCCCCUGUUUCUGGCUUGACAAUACCUGCUUGUAUCAUACCUUAGGAGUGUCUGCAUCAAUCCUCUUUGAUCUCAACGAUCACAACCAGAAGUACCGCUUCUCGUUCGUUGGAUAAAAAUGCUCCUCUAUUCAAGUGAACUCAGCUGAUCACAAAACAUAACUAUAUGUUGCAGUCUCCACCCUCGUCUUGCUUUAUAACCUCAAAGUGGUGCUAUACGGAACAGCCUUUCACUGACAUUUCAACGUUUUUAGAUUAAACAAUGAACAAUUCAAAGAAAAUAAACGUUAGUUACUCUUCUCUCGUGGGAUUGAAGGCUGAGCUUCUACGAAAACAGGCAGAGGUCCAGGAAGCUAGAGCUAAACAUAAAACGCAGUCUCCAACAGUCUUGAGACCCAAGUUAAAAUCCAAAACAUUGAAACAAUCAUCGAAAACUAGUGAUUCAAAAGUUACAGAAAUCGAGGAUGUCAACGAACUGAAGAAAUCUAGAUAUAUGCUGGAAGCAAAGUCCAGACUCUACGAAAAACUGAAGAAAACCCAUGGGGAUAGAUCUCACAAUUAUCUAGUGGAUUUCUCCCACAAGCCUAUCUCCUCGUCUUCUUCAGAGGAUGAAAUUUACAAUGAAGAAGAUUAUGAGGAUAAAAACUCAGAUCCUGAAGACGACUGGGUGGAGUACAGUGAUUGUUUUGGCAGAACUCGAAAAUGUUUACGAAGAGAUCUUCCAAAAAUGGAGGAGAAGGACAAAAUGGUAAAACAAGAGAUCAGAGAAGAUUCUUCUUCAGAUACCGAAGGCCCUCCAAAUCCUCCACUGUUCAUUCCUCCUCCGAAAGAACCAGAAAUAGAAAAGUUACGGAAAAAAUGGGAGGAGCAGACGGAAAAAUUAUCUCAUAAACCAGAUAUUCAUUACCAGGACAUUCUCUUUGAUGAAGCAAGAGCACACGGCGUCGGAUACUAUGCAUUUUCCCAGGAUGAAGAUGAAAGAUUGAAACAACAGGCGAAUCUCUUGAAAAUACGUAAAGAAACCGAAGAGCGACAGAGAGACGUUCAAAGUGUCAAUGAGUUAAAAGCUCAGAUCGAGAAAAAUCGAUUGAAAGCUGCCAGAAUUCGUCAAAGGAUUCGAGCAGGUCUUCCUGCUGAACCAGAUGAAGAAGAAGAAACACCAAAACCUCCAGUCCAGCCUUCAACAACUUCUGAGCCCAUCGAGAACCUAGAAAAACCCUCGAAAGCGGAUGAGCAAAGUGAAGACCAUUCUCUUUGCGUUAUUGAGGACAAAAUCAAAGCUUUUGCAGAACUAUUGGGUAAGCGACCAAAAUUCAGGGAAUUAUCCCAAGAAGAAUGGAUUCAUAAGAGGCGAAAAGAUAGAAUGGGAGAAUUCGCUCCUGUUUAUGAGAACUUUAAACCUGGUGGUCUUUUGAAGGGAACUGGUGAUAAUCAAAUUGUUGAAACUGAUGAUCAGAAUGAAGAUCCUGUCAGGAUUAAGGUCGGGGGACCUGAGCCUACUGAUUUUUGGGAGUCCCAGGGGCCCUCCAGAGGUCUCAAGGAUGAGAGAAUAAGUGGAGUGAUCGAUUCUGGAGGUAAACGCAGAAAGAAAAGGGAAGAAAUUGAUAAAUCAGAAAAUAAUUGCGAGAUAGAAGAUUCAGAUAUUAUUGGCCCUGUUCCACCAGCCAAUUUUAUUAACUCUACGUUGAUUAAUAAUAGCGAUCCUCCUGUCAUUUUCGAGAAUUCAAUGCUCAAUUCUUCUGUGAAUGAUGCAUCAAUGACGAUUAUUCCCCCAAUUGAAGUUUUGAGAUCUGUUCCCCCGCCAACAUUCCAAGCGAAUUUUAAUGUUUGUACUGUGAAAUCAAGUAGUGCUCAAUGGAAUGAAGGGGAUAUUGCAGAGAAAACACAGGAAGGGGAAGAAAGUGAUGACUCUGAUAUCAUUGGGCCUCUACCACUGGAGGAUACCGAGAGAGGACAUCUUGCAGAUAUUCCACUUCCAGAAGAUUCAUUAACACCAUUACCACCAACUUUACAAAGUAAUCUAAAUAUCGAUAAAAUAUCUGAGGGACUCAAAUUUUUAAGGAAAAAGUUUGAAAAAUCUGAGGAUAGUUGAUACGAAUGUAUUAAAUUAUUUAUUGUUUAACUUGAACGAUGAUAUAAAAUUUGAUCGAAGCCAGUGUUUGAUUGA